AUGGAUCGCAACAUGAUGAUCAAGGGGGCUGCUCCUUCAUCUUCUGAGUGUGUCAUUGAACUCAACGAGACGGAGUUUGGCAAGGUCCACAAGACCGUUGUGGACUUCACCGCCGCCUCGCUCCGCUUCAACUUCGAGAAGUACGAGGCCAGCGCGAACUACCAGGUCUACUACGAGGCCGCCCUGCGAACGGGUGCCACCGAUUGCGACAGAGACCGCUCCUUCAUGGCCGGGAUCUGGUUCACGGAAGAGGAGUACGACUAUAUCAAGAAGGACCCCGACAGGCUCAACAGUUGCGGGAGGAACAGUUCAGGUGCCGCUAUGACUGUAUCGAGAAGAUUGAGUAGGCUCAUGCCUUCAGUGCUGCCGUGA